GCAGAAUCUCCCAUCUCUCCGCGCAUUCUCGACGAUGGCCGACCAACCGACAAAGCAGAAGCUAUGGGGAGGACGCUUCACGGGGAAGACUGACCCCCUCAUGCACGAGUUCAACCAGUCGCUCAAGUACGACAAGCGCAUGUGGGAUGCGGACAUCCGCGGGUCUAUCGCAUAUGCGAAGUCGCUCUGCCGUGCGGGACUGCUCACGAAGCAGGAGGAGACUGCGAUCCUCGGCGGUCUGAACUCGGUGGCGAAAGAGUGGACGGAGGGGACGUUCAAGAUCCAGGCCGAUGAUGAAGACAUUCACACUGCCAACGAGCGUCGGUUGACCGAGAUCAUCGGCGCGCUGGGCGGGAAGCUGCACACAGGCCGCUCGCGGAACGACCAGGUGGCCACCGAUAUGCGGAUAUGGCUACUUGGGGAGGUCAAGACGAUCGAGGAAAGCUUGAAGGCUCUCCUGCGCGUCAUGGUCGAGCGCGCGGAUAAGGAGAUAGACAUCCUGAUGCCCGGGUACACGCAUUUGCAGCGCGGCCAACCCGUGCGCUGGUCACAUCUCCUGCUCUCGCACGCGUGGUCCUUCCAGGCCGAUCUCGAGCGGUUGAAGGAGAUGGUGCCCCGCAUCUCUGUCCUGCCUCUCGGCUGUGGCGCGCUCGGCGGGAACCCCUUCAGCAUCGAUCGCGAUUUCCUCGCGAAGGAGCUCGGCUUCCAGUCCGUCGCAGAGAACAGCAUGUGGGGCGUCGGGGACCGCGACUUCAUCGUCGAGUUCUUGAUGUGGUCGAGCUUGACCAUGACGCACAUGAGCCGUCUGGCGGAGGACCUUAUUAUCUACUCGACUGCGGAAUUCGGCUUCGUCACCCUGAGCGAUGCGUACAGCACUGGCUCCAGUAUCAUGCCACAAAAGAAGAACCCGGACUCCCUCGAGUUGUUGAGGGGCAAGUCUGGCCGCCUCUUUGGCAAUAUGGCUGGCUUUAUGAUGACGCUCAAGGGCAUGCCGUCGACGUACAACAAAGAUUUGCAGGAAGAUAAGGAGCCGUUGUUCGACUCUGUCGACAACGUAUCGGCAUCUCUCCGGAUUGCUGAGGGUGUCAUCGCCACUAUGAAUGUGCACGGCGACAAAAUGCUUGCGGCGCUGUCGAUGGAUGUAUUGGCCACUGAUCUUGCUAACUACCUUGUGCUGAAGGGGAUCCCCUUCCGCGAAACGCACCACAUCUCCGGACGCGCCGUCGCUCUGGCGGAAGCCCGAAAAUGCCAGCUCAACGAUUUGACGUUACAAGAUUACCAGACGCUGCACCCGAACUUCACGGAGGACGUUCGGGAUAUUUUCGACUUCGAGGCGAGCGUCGAGCGACGGAAUGCCAUCGGUGGACCGAGCCGUGUCACCAUGGCUCGCCAGAUUGAGAAGCUUCGCUCGUAUAUCGCGAGGGAUUAGGCGAAUUUCUUGAUGGAUGUAAAACUGCUGCUGUAUCUAUACCUGUGCCAAUAUACUGUAGAUCUUUCCCUC